GUAAAACCAGUGCAUUCGAUAACUUGUGAAUGUCCUUCUGAGCACAUACCACGAAAUCAUUAAUGAUGUAAUCGGAACACAUUAUCAAACGACACAUCGAAAUUCGUGCACCCACAAUAGCAGUGUCACGUGACCAUGGUCAGUUCUCGAGCGACGGCAAAUUGCCUCUCAGUAUGGGAAAAGAUCGCCAAAAACUUCAACGACACUCAUAACUUCAACACCAUGCUAAUGAGACGGUCGUUGCUCACGGCGGCUGGAUCAGCCCGUGUCGGGAUCCGGUUUCCGAGAGCCGCUACCCCUGUUUUGCAAGUACCCACACAUCGAGCUUUCUCCUCUUUUAACAGAUUACAACUUCACAGCACUGCAAGUUUAUACAACAGCAACAAACCAAGCAAAGACGAAGCGCCCAACAAAGAGUCAGAAGAAAAAAAGCAGAGUAGACCUCCUAAAAAGGAGGACGAGUCGGGACGCGAAGGGGAACCAAAGAAGAAGCCUCUGAUCGAAGAAGAGAAGGUGAGAAAGCAUCUCGAAGAGCUCAUGAAAAAGAAUCCCAACCUUAAGAAUUUGAAAAUGGUCGAAAUUAACGGUGCAACUAUUGCCAAAUACAGCCUCGGCUUCACGAUUUUCACCACCUUAUUGGUGAUCUACACCUUGACGCAACUGCAAAAUCAUGACGAGCUCUCCUUCCAGGAUUUCCAGAAUCGUUACCUUGCCAAGGGCUUGGUCACAAAGCUCACGGUGAUCAACAAGUUUGCCGUUGAGGCAGAGUUGAUCAUGGGUGCCUUUUCAGAUGAGACUGUGCGUGGGUCAGACGGCCAUCCCAUGGUUGUAUUCACCAUUGGCUCAGUGGAGGUUUUCGAAGAGGAAAUGAAUGCCAUUCAAGACAAACUAGGUAUCCCUGUCGAAGAGCGCUUGCCUGUGCUGUACGUGGACCGUGGCUCCUGGCUAGGCGUGUUGCUUCCUAUUUUGCCCACUGUUUUGUUGAUCGGAGGACUAUGGUAUAUCACUACCAAACGUGCGCUGGCUCAAGGUGGGGCAGGCGGCGGCCCAGGUGGAAUUUUCAAAAUCGGAAAAUCCAAGGCAAAGUUGUUUAACCAGGAAACAGAUGUCAAGAUCAAGUUCAAGGACGUUGCUGGUUGUGAAGAAUCCAAGGAAGAAAUCAUGGAGUUUGUUAAGUUUUUACAAGAUCCCGUGAAGUACGAAAAGCUUGGUGCAAAAAUCCCCAGGGGUGCUAUUCUCUCGGGUCCUCCAGGAACAGGUAAGACUCUUUUGGCCAAAGCCACUGCAGGUGAGGCAGGGGUCCCCUUCUUGUCUGUUUCGGGUUCUGAAUUUGUGGAAAUGUUCGUGGGUGUAGGUGCCUCUCGUGUGCGUGAUCUUUUCAAAACUGCAAGGGAAAUGGCUCCCUCAAUCAUCUUCGUUGAUGAAAUCGAUGCGAUUGGAAAAGAAAGAGGCAACGGGCAUAUGGGCGGAAACGACGAAAGAGAAAAUACUUUGAACCAAUUGCUUGUGGAAAUGGAUGGCUUCGAAGAGUCGGACCACGUUGUCGUAUUGGCCGGUACAAAUCGUGCAGAUGUCUUGGACAAGGCUUUGCUAAGACCUGGCAGAUUCGACAGACAUAUUUCGAUUGACACCCCGGACAUUGAGGGAAGAAAAGCCAUUUUCCAAGUUCACUUGUCUAAAAUCACACUUAAGUCAGUUGAAGAAAUUAAGGCCAGCCACAACGAUGUUGACUUCAGCAAGUACCAUCAGUUGAUCGACGAGGCGAUCGAAAAAUUGGCUGGUAGAUUGGCUGCUUUGACGCCCGGAUUCGCCGGUGCGGAUAUUGCCAACUGCUGCAACGAAGGCGCGUUGAUUGCAGCAAGAAACGAUUCUCAAUCCGUUGAUGUGUACCAUUUCGAACAGGCUAUUGAAAGGGUGAUUGCCGGAUUGGAAAAGAAAUCCCGAAUUUUGAGCCCCGAUGAAAAGAAGACGGUUGCGUACCAUGAGGCCGGUCAUGCUAUUUGUGGCUGGUUCUUGGAAUUUGCUGACCCAUUGGUGAAAGUUUCCAUCAUUCCUAGAGGACAAGGUGCUUUGGGAUACGCCCAGUAUUUACCAAAGGAUCAAUACUUGGUCUCUGAGGAACAAUUCAAGCAUAGAAUGAUUAUGGCUUUGGGAGGCAGAGUUAGUGAAGAAUUGCACUUUGAAUCUGUUACAAGCGGAGCUUCGGAUGACUUUAAAAAAAUUACCCAGAUGGCACAAUCGAUGGUUUUGAAGUUAGGAAUGUCCGAUAAACUUGGCAAUGUGUACUUCGAUAACGGCGAUGAAAAUAGUGGCAUGAAGGUUCACAACUUGUACUCUGAAACCACUGCCCGUGUGAUUGACGAGGAGGUGAAGCGCUACAUCGAUGAGGCCUACGUAGAGUGCAAGGCUUUAUUGACCGAGAAACUCGACUUGGUUGACAAGAUUGCCCAGGAGGUGUUCAAGAAAGAGGUUUUGACCAGGGAAGACAUGAUCAGAAUCUGUGGCCCACGUCCAUUCCCAGAAAGAAACGAGGCAUUCGAUAAGUAUCUCCUGGGUGAUGAUGCCUUUAAGGGAAGACCGUCUGCAUGAUCUGGAUCUAUGG